AUGGAUGAUGAUGAUGAUUUGCACUUCAUCUCACACCAGAAUUUGCUGCAACAAGGACUAGAAUGCCUUUUUCUCUCCCUUCCUCUCCUCCUCUUCCUCAUAAAGCAAGGAAGGAGGAAGAGAUCGAGGCUGCCGCCGGGGCCGUGGAGGCUCCCCGUCGUCGGGAACCUCCACCAGGUCGGGGCAAAUCCUCACCUCGCCCUCCGCGCGCUGGCCGAGCGACACGGCCCGCUCAUGUUCCUCCAGCUCGGCUCCAUCCCCACCGUGGUCAUCUCCUCCGCCCACGUCGCCGGGGAGGCCCUCAGGGCCCACGACCUCGCCUUCGCCGGCAGGCCGACGCUGUACGCGGCGGAAAGGCUGUCCUACGGCCUCCGGGACGUGGCGUUCGCGCCGCACGGGGAGUACUGGCGGCAGGCGCGCAAGAUGUUCAUGGUGGAGAUGCUAAGCGCCAAGCGGGUGCGAUCCUUCCGCGGCGGCGUCUCUGGUCGCCUCGAUCCGGCGGCUCGCUCCCUCUUCGUCGUCGUCCCCUAUCGACCUGAGCAGGAUGGCGCUGUCGGUAACGAACGUCGUCACGUGCCGAGCGGCGUUCGGCGACGAGUGCGAAACCGCCGGGAGCGGCAGUAUGGAUCACAUCAUUCUCGUAUUGAUCGUGCUAAUGAUUCGAUAUUCAAUUAUAAUUACAGUUAA